UAUUACAUAGCGAUGAAUACACUGUACAUCCAGCCAUGCACGCAAUUCCAGCUUGAUUUCUUGCUACUUUGUCGCUCUUUCUCUGUAGUAAGUGCCUGCUGCAUAUUUAAUGAGGGCUCAUGGCGACAGUACAAGCAUCAGAGCGCGUCUGUUGGUCCGGAGAAUUCUCUGUAGGUUUUCUAGAACAGUUCGUGUCGUCCGCUUCCAAACCCGCCAGGGAAAAUGUCGACAUUCCAUACGCAAAAUGGCGAUGCGUCAGUGAAACCCGCGGGAAAAACCUGAAAAUGAUCAUCGAGGAGGAGGGAGCCUUUUAUCGUCUGCGUUGCUAGGAUACGGUGUAUGUGUGUGUGUAACAUGACUCAUCAUCCGCGACAUAGCCAGGAAUUUGUCAUCAUCACUUGAGUAGGAACAAGCGUAAAUAUAACCUGAUUUGUCGUAAAUAACAGCUAUGUUUAUCUAAUAUCACCGCCGAACAAAAGUACGUAAUAAUACGUGAUGGCUAAAAAUGAUAUACACGAAAUCCAACAGCAUCUGCGUGCGAUUUUCUAAGAGAUAUUGAUAAGUAGACAGGCGGAAAACUGAAGGAUUCUGCCAAUCAUGUCUGCAAUAAGAAGAGGCAGGGCAAGCGGGAUCGGCAGCUCGGCAACCCUGCACAACGCCGAGCCUGACGAGCUGAAACAGAGAGUACAGCACCUGACUAACGUGGUUCGCGCCUGGAGGGAGAAGUAUGAGAUCUCCAAAACCCAGCUGGCGGGGGUUCUCCGGGAGCUGGAGGAGGAGAGGGAGAGGAACAUGGAGAUCAGCAGCGAGCUGGAAACGGUAAAGGACAAGCAGGAGAAGUUAGUACAGAAGUAUGAAGGGGAGAAGAAAGCUCUUCAAGAGGAAAAGGACGCGAACGAGUCGGAGCUCCAGAAAAAACUCCAGACACAAAAAGAAAAGGUACGUGGUCUUCAGAGAUCUGCGCAUGGACUGCUGAGUCACUUGAAGGACGCCGUAGUAGAAGAGAGGAAACAACGGAGCGAAUUGGAGCAGGAGAAACGUCUCCUGGAGAAGGAGGUGAGGAAGAUGGAGGAGUCUCUGGAGGAAAAGGAGAAGAAGAUUCAAGAGAAGGAGAAGAAGAUGGAAGCUCUUCAUACGGAAAUUGAAGAUAAGAUACAAGGAAUACAGAGCGCAGUGAUGGAUGAGAAAAGUGCACAGACUGAGGAGGAUAUGGUCCCGAGAUCGACAAAUGCUUCAACUAUGUCUGAAUCUCACAUAUCUCCGCAUAGAAGAUGGGAGAUAGACAUGCUGAAGGCCCAGCUGGAGGAGGUAACGUACGAUAAACAGUUGCUGUGUGACGACGUGGAAAAAAUCAUCUUUGAGAAAAGCCGCAAGGUCCACGAAGUUGAGCUCUUGAGAGAACAGCUCCAAGGAAUGGAGGAAAGUCUGAAGAAACAAAGUCGCCACAAGAAAGAGAACGCUGUCGCCACGUGGGGUCUCAUGAGUAAGUACAGCCAGGCCAUACAGACAUGCGAUCUACUGGAGUACAGGGAAAAGGUCCUCAGAAUGGACAAUGCUGAGUUGACGAAAGAGUUAAACGUUCUGAGGAGGGCGUUGGGAGAUGGGAGUAAAAUGGAAAACCAUAUCCAGAAGGAAAUGUACGUAAACCAGGUAAAGGAUUUGGAACGAGAUCUAGAAAAUCUAAGAAGUGAGAACGACGACUUGAGAGCAUAUAAGGACAUUCUAGAGCGCAGGUUUCUGGAUAAGAAGGAGCUAUCUGAACAGCUCAAAGAAAACACAAGAACAAUGGAGAAAGAACUCGAACGGUUGCGAACUGAGUGUGACGAGAUGAGGACGGAGAUUAGUACAGAAAACCAGAUACAACAGCAGAACGUGACUCGGGGUGACGAGUCUAUUUCCAUAGAAAGCACAGAACAAAAGGCCAUGCAAAUCCACAUCCUCAGAAAGCGGGUCACAGUCUUAGAUUCGGAGCUCCAGACACUCCGUAAAAAGAACGACCUCGCCGAGAUUGAAAUGACGUAUGCAGCAAAUCUAGACGAGCUCAGAAAAGAGGCAGAAACGGCGAAAUCAAGUAUGGAGCUCGCUCGCAAGGAGGCGGCUUCACACCGCUCGGAGAAGGACGCGCUCUCCAUGCAGGUGGUCAUGUUUCGCCACCGCCUGAACGAACUACACAGAGAGCUUCCCGUGGUGAGGAAAGAAAGGGAUUCGCUCCGCAAGAGCAUCGUUCUCCUUAAAGCAAACAGACAACACGAUACCAAACUGAUGAUGAGAGAGCUGUUCGACUUAAAGAUAGAGAUGGCGAAGAUGCUAAACGAGAUAGACCUCCAUCGCGAAGACAAGGCCACCAUCUUAAAACAGCUGAUCGAUCUACAGGCCAGUCUGACCAAAAAAGCACGACAAGACGGCAUUUCACGGUCUGCUGUCAUGGAAACGACAAGAACGGUGUCUAAGAUGAUGAAGCACCUUCAAGCCGUCCCUAAUAUCCCGGAUGAUCAUGACAUUGAACUUCCGGCCUCCUCCCAUGAGGUCAUCGAUAAAGCAGAAGACAAAUAUUUUGACGGAGGAAGUCAAAGGACCAGUCCAGGAGGGUCCCCCAUGUUUAAGAAGCGGAGUGAUACAAAGGAAGAGGUAAAGUCAGGAGACCUUCCGAAGCUGAAACCUAGAAUUCCGAAAAGACCGGAGGCUCAGCGAGUGGGAUUAACUUCAUCAAAGUCAGACACGGCGGCAAAACAGUGGGGGUGUUCUUCCAUGACGCCGGGUGGGUGGGAGGGAAAAUCGGCCAGCGCUACGGGACUGGAGGAGGCCACUGAACUACUGGCGAACAGACAGAGGAUCCAAGACACCUUGAACAAAACAAGAAUGGGAUAUGCUCCUCUGAGAACUACUCUGAACGCAUUUGAGAGUCCGGUAGAAAGCCCGAGUGAAAGGCAACGUACAGACUCUGGAAUCACGGCUGAUGAGAGCAGGGGAUACAGGGGACAGGGAGUUCAGGCUAGCCCGGGAGAAGUCGUGUGGCCGUACAGCGGCAAUGCUUACUCUGACUACGGGGACGAUGGGGCGUCCUGGUCAAGCGAGAGCAUUCAUUUUGAUACAUUUUGAGACUCGUGUGACAUGUUAAGCAUUACAUUACAUUCUGUACAUAACGUAGAUAUAUAAUUUUGUAUGUCAUAUCACCCAUUCACUGUAGUCUUCUGUACACUUCGUAUAUUCAUCAGGUGUAAGUU